CUGCGCCGCCGCCGCGGCGACGAGGCGCCGCGCCCGCGCGGCGUCGGCGGGGCCGCCCUUGCCCGCGGCGACCAUGCAGCCGAGGCGGAACUGGGCCUCCGCGUAGCCGCCGUCGGCCGCGGUCUCGAGCCAUCGCGCGGCGCUCGCCUCGUCGCGCGCGACGCCGCCGCGGCCGUCGGCGAGGAGCGCGGCGUACUGGACCUGCGCCUGCACCUUGCCGAGCUCCGCGGACCGCACGAGCAGCCGCAGCGCCUCGCCCCGGCCGCGUCGGCGUCGUACUCGCAGCGGCCCCGCAGCUCCGCCGCCGACUCGGCCAUCCCGGAGAAGGUGCGGUGACGAGCGGCCCAGGUCGAUCGAUCGAGCGGGGCUGAGAUGCGGGGCUGCCUCCCGACAAAGGCACCAUGCCCUGCACCAUCGUGAUCGAUGACGACGAUGGGCAGCCUCGCGCUGGCCAUGUUGCUCAUCGCGCGCGUGCGGCCGCAGGCCAUGGGCGACGGCGUGAGCAAGUACACGCUGCCCUGCAACGCGCCGGAGGCGCCCAUGCAAUGGAUGGAGAAAUACCUGCCCGUCAUCACCUCGAGCGACUCCUGCGAGGGCGCGGCCGACGACUGGCUCGGCGUCGACAACGACUGCGUCUGCUCGACGGCGAACGAGACGCUGGAGACCGUGGCCCAGGGCCGCGUCCAGCUCUACGGCGACCGCGGCUUCGGGUUGCACCUCGUGAACACGUCGUUCAAGCUCACGACCGGCGGCCUGAGCGUCGCGGCCGUGGAGGCCGUCUUCGAGGAGCGGCUCAACGACAUGGACCACUUCGACGCGUACAUGGACUACAGCGUCGCGUUCUACGCGCCGCCGACGGGCCCGCGCGCGCUCGACGCCUUCGUCGAGGCCUUCGACGCCGACAACGUGUCGUACUACCCGUACCGCUGGACGAACGGGACGAGCGGCAACGCGUCGACCUUCUACGGCCUCUUUGUCCACGUGCCGGCGUCCAUGCUCGUCAUCGAGCUCAUGAGCAACGCGUCGGCGCACCUCGCGAACGCGACGAUCCUGGAGCGGCGCAUGUCGCCGCGCGCGAUCGACUACGCGUUCUCCGACGCUUAUCAAGCCGACUACUUGGCGAACCAGACCCUCAAGGUCGUCUCCGUCUCGCGCGCGACGGCGGACCUCGACGCCAUGGUCGCGUUCUACGGCGCGCUCAACGUGUCGGCGACCUACGCCUACGACUCGCCCGAGGUCCGCAAGGCGUGCUUCCGCUGGUGGUCCGCGGACGUCGAGGUCUGCUACGCGGAGCGGUCCGAGAUCACGAGCUUCUACACGGUCGCCGACUUCGAGGCCAUGCUGAACGCGGUCCACGCGGACCUCCUCGGCCCGAACCCGAACUGCCAGCUCGACAAGCGCGCGGCGGC